UUUUGGUAUGGUUCACUGUCAUGGCUGCGGUUGCAAGAGAACGUCGGGCCCUGUUACUUUAGACAGAAAAACAACGUUUCUUUGUGUGUGUUGGUGACAUUGACGUUUGAAAAGCUUCAUUAUUGGUAUUUGAUUAGACACUUCAUCAUGGCUGGAAGCAGUACAGCUCAGAAAACAUGGGAGCUGUCGAACAGCAUGCAGGAAGUCCAGAGCAUCGAUGAAAUUUAUAAAUACGACAAAAAGCAACAACAAGAAAUCCUCGCAGCGAAGCCAUGGACAAAAGAUCACCACUACUUCAAGUACUGCAAAAUCUCCGCGUUGGCCCUGUUGAAGAUGGUGAUGCAUGCCAGGUCAGGGGGGAACCUGGAGGUGAUGGGUCUCAUGCUGGGGAAGGUGGACGGAGAGACUAUGAUCAUCAUGGACAGCUUCGCUUUGCCUGUGGAGGGAACAGAAACCAGGGUGAACGCGCAGGCUGCAGCAUAUGAGUACAUGGCUGCCUACAUUGAAAACGCCAAACAGGUUGGCCGUUUAGAGAACGCCAUUGGCUGGUACCACAGUCACCCGGGCUAUGGAUGCUGGCUGUCAGGCAUCGAUGUGAGCACUCAGAUGCUCAACCAGCAGUUUCAAGAGCCUUUUGUUGCUGUUGUUAUCGACCCCACUCGGACUAUUUCUGCAGGGAAAGUCAAUCUAGGUGCCUUCAGAACAUACCCAAAGGGUUACAAACCUCCAGAUGAAGGACCGUCAGAAUAUCAAACAAUCCCUCUGAACAAGAUAGAAGACUUUGGUGUUCAUUGUAAACAAUAUUACGCCUUGGAGGUGACUUACUUCAAGUCUUCUCUGGAUCGAAAGCUCCUGGAACUCCUUUGGAACAAAUAUUGGGUCAAUACCUUAAGUUCCUCCAGCCUUCUUACGAACUCGGACUACACCACAGGUCAGGUGUUUGACCUGUCGGAGAAGCUGGAGCAGUCGGAGGCCCAGCUGGGCAGAGGCAGCUUCAUGCUCGGGUUGGACACGCAUGACAGGAAGUCAGAGGACAAACUGGCCAAAGCUACUCGAGACAGCUGCAAGACAACCAUCGAAGCUAUUCAUGGACUGAUGUCUCAAGUCAUCAAAGACAAACUCUUCAAUCAAAUCAACACUUCUGCCAAUUAAAGCUGAACCACAGAGCAGUUUG